AUGGCGGAGACAGGCACCAUGUCAUGGGGGCUGAGCCACCUUUUCUUGACGGUUUUCCUGUUCAAUUUAUCCCAUUACAUGGUGGUUCCGGCGAUAACCGACGUCUGCAUGGCGGCACUUUGUCCCGGAGAAGAUGAGUGCUCCUUGGCUAUUUACCUCACCGGCGUUCAACAAACGAUUAUAGGGAUUGGAAGCCUUGUUAUGAUGCCUCUAAUUGGAAAACUUUCUGAUCUCUAUGGAAGGAAACUGCUUCUCACUUUCCCUUUGAUAUUUGCUAUUUUCCCAACAGGUAUAUUGGCAUAUAGCAGGGAAAAGGGCUACUUCUAUGCAUACUUUGUGCUCAAUACUCUCACCUCAAUGGUGUGUGAAGAGACUGUCUUCAGUCUUUCUCUUGCUUAUUUGGCGGAUAAUGUGGCGGAGCAACGGCGGUCGGCGGCGUUCGGAAUUCUCUCCGGCGUCAUAUCAUGCUCUUUUGUCUCCGGCAACCUUCUCUCUCGCUUCCUUCCUUCCACAGCUUCUAUCUUCCAAGUAUCUGCAGCUUGUGCACUCGCUUCUGCAAUCUACAUGAUAGUUUUUCUGCCGGAAUCUAACAUGGCAGCGACGGUGAUUGCUGCUGCUGUUACUUCAAAUGAAGAAACAGUGAAUGAAUGUCUUCUUGAGAAGAGGAAUAUUGAUAAUCCGCGAUCUGUUCGUUUGAUUCUGUUUCUGCAAGAGUCCAUUUCGAUGUUGAGGAGCAGCUGGACAUUUUCACAAGCAGCUAUUGUGGCAUUCGUCAGCACGCUUGGUGAUCUUGGCCUAUUGUCUGCAUUAUUGUACUAUUUAAAGGCCGAAUUCCAUUUUAACAAAGACCAGUUUGCUGACUUGAUGAUCAUACAAGGGAUUGGUGGCAUCAUAUCUCAGAUGAUUCUCUUGCCCAUGUUGGCUAGGGUGAUCAAUGAAGAAAAGACUCUUGCGAUCGGGCUUGCUUUUAACUGUAUCCAUAUUUUUCUUUUUGCUGUUGCUUGGAGUCGUUGGGUUGUUUAUCUUGCAUCAGCGUUGCAGAUUCUGUCUGAAGUUGCAGGACCCAGUGUAUCUGGUUUGUUUCAGUUACGGAGCAUUGUAUCCAAACAAGUGGGCCCUACCGAGCAGGGCAAGGCACAAGGGUGCAUUACAGGCCUAUCUUCAUUGGCAUGUAUUAUCUCCCCAUUGAUUUUCAGUCCUCUAACAGCUUUAUUCUUGUCUGAUCAUCCUCCAUUUCGGUUUCCCGGAUUUAGUCUUUUGUGUGUCACCUUUACUAUGAUGAUAGCUUUCAUCCAAAGCAUGAUGAUCAAGACAACCUUGGAUGUUCCUCGUAUUUCCGAAGAAAUAGAUGGAGAUGCUUAG